UAAAAAAGCCGGAGACUGGAAACGGGGAUAAAGAUAAAAUGGAGCAACAGGAAAAGAAUAAGAGCCAAAGUAAAAAUGGAGGAAAGAAACAAGAGGAAGCUUUUACUUCUUCGGUUACUAUUGAAAUUGACAGUAGUAGUGGUAGUGAUGUGGAGAUUGUUAAGGAGGAGUUUAAACCAUACGACUAUACACAGGGUGCAAAGAGUCUUAUAGAAGAUUCUGGCAAAAAGGCAAAGGGUGGUGACUACUAUAACCCACACAGUAAAGACACAGGAAAGGGAAAGAGCAUGAGAAACAAGGCUUUCAAGAAGGGACAAAAGAGUUUCACCUGGAAGAACAAAUGAUAAAUAUAAAGUGGAUUGAUUGUGUGUUAAACGUGGCGUUUUAAAUAAUAAAACAUGGUACAAUU